AUGGAUUCCUCGGCCUUCGACGACGACGAGGCCGACGCCCCGGCGAGCGCGCCGAUCCCGCGGCAGCGGCGCCUCGCGCGCGGCUUCGGCGAGGCGCUCGCCGCCUCCGUGGGCACGAAGUACGGCGGCGAGGCGGCCUGGGGCGGCGCCGGGGACCUCGGCGGCGAGCUCAAAAUCUUGAGCGACUGGGUCGCGCCGCGGCGCCUCGAGGACGCGGCGGAGAGCGAGGUCGUGGCGUGCGUCGGCGAGGCCUGCGCCGCCGUCUUCGGGUGCGCCGUCGCGCGCGUCGGCCCGCCGACGCAGGUCCGGCUCGCGGGCGACGCCGCGUACGUCGCUUGUUUCCUGAAGGACGAGGUCGAACACCCGGAAGCGGCGCUCGGCGCCUGGCUCGAGGCCCAGCCCUGGGUCGUCGCCUACGACGCGCUCGCGUCCGCGGCCGCGCGCAACUACGCGCGGUGCUUGGUGCCGGACGACGCGGACGACCGCUUCGCCGAGUCGCGCGUCGCGGCCGUCGUCGUCGAGCACGCCAACGGCUGCCGCGCGGCCGUGGCGCUGUUGACAGACGCGCGAGUCGGGAACGCGCUCGAACGGCGCAUCGCCGCCGCCGCGGAGGCCUUCGCGGCCGUCGCGCCGGGCGGGGCCGACGACGCGGCCUGUCCCCGCGUCGCGCUCCUGGCUUUGCGCUGCCGCAACCUCGAGACCUGCGUCGGCGGCGCGACCUGGGCCGUGCUCGCCGACUGCUUCGCGCGCCUGAGGGAGCUCCGGGCCGCGCCCGUGUCCGAGUCGCGGCUCCGGCGCGGCGACGAGGCGUCGCUCGAGUUGUGCGCGGACCCGUUGUACGUCAACGGCGCGGGCGCGCUCGCGCCCCGGCCCGGCGUCGCCCCGGCCGACGACCAGGAGCUCGUGGGCCUCGCCCACGCCGCGCGGCGGAGCGACGCGGCGACGAUCUUCGAAACGCUGGGCGCGCGGGGCCGGGGCGCGGACGCGCUCGCGUGCUUGGCGACGCUCGGCGACAAGGUGCUCCGCGCGAAGCGCGGCGCGGCCAUCACCUGCGAGGCGCUGCGCAAGGACGCGCGCCGGGGCACGUUCCGCACGGGGAGCUACAUCACCGACGACGGCGACUUUGUGGAACUGGACAAGGACUUGGUCGCGUACGCGAAGCGGAAGCUCGAAGCCGGCGUCGAGAUCACGGCCAAGGAUCUCGAGGACGUGACCUUCGUCGCGCCGCCCGAGCCCGCGGCGGCCCCGGCCGCGGCGGCGCCGACGACCACGGAGACGGCGCUCGUCGCCGUGGAGAGGGAGGACGAGGAGAAGGCGUCGCGGAAGCGGAGCCGCGGCGGCGCGCUCCUGAAACUCGUCAAGGACGCGCGGCCGCCGCCGCCCCUCUUCGGCCCGCCGCCGCCGCGGCCCAUGGAUCUCCAGGCGCGCUGCGCCGCCAUCGAGUGCGCGCGGCUCGAGCUCGACGGCGAGAGCGCCGAGGCGCCGCGGCGGUCCGUGCUGUCCGCCGGGUUCCCGGCCGCCGCGCUCCGGGACCUGCGCGCGCGCCAGCUGCUCGGGGCCGUGCUGCGGUCCGUCGCCGCGCGCGGCGGCCGCGCCGCGGACGCGGGGGGGUUGGUCGCUCGGGCCGACGCCUACGCGGGCUGCGAGCUGCGGCUCCUCGACGGAAGUUCGCCGUUCCCGUCGGCCUGGGCGCCCGCGGAGCCGCUGGGCCCGUCGGGCCGCGGCGCCAUGGCCGCGGCGCGCUUCGACGAGCCGGACCCGGCGAAGCGCGCGGGCCUGCUGCGGCCGCCGGCGCUGGCCGGCGUCGCGCGGGACCGGAAGGGCGAGGGCGACGCGCGGCAGCGUUCGGGCGACGCCUGCGGCGCCGUCGGCGCCUACACGGCGGGCCUCGGCGCGCUGGGCCUCCUCGGCCCCGGCGCGGCGCCGCUCCUCGUCGACCGGUCGUCGGCCUAUCUGGCCGCGGGGCUCUACGCGCACGCGCUCUCGGACGCGGCUUCGGCGCUGCGCGUCGCGCCCGCGUGGGGCCAGGCGCUGACCCGCUGCGCGGCGGCGCUCGGCGCCUUGGACCGCCACCUCGCCGUCGACGCCCUGGCGGAGUACGCGGCGCUCGUGGGCCUGAGCGACGACGUCGCGGCCGCGGCCGCGGCCGCGCGCGCGGACCGCGCGAACCGGCCGCGGCCGGCCGGCGACGUCGCGGCGCUCAAGGGCGCCGCGGACGCCUUCUUCAAGGCCAAGGACCACGCCAGGGCCGUCGAGGGCUACACGCGCGCCCUCGCGGCGGCGGCGGCGGGCGGCGCCGCCGACGCGAAGGCGAAGGCCGCGGUCCACUCGAACCGCGCGGCCGCGUGCGCCGCUCUGGGGUCGCACGGAGACGCGUUCCUCGACGGCGUCGCCGCGGCGGCGCUCAAGCCCGACUGGCCCAAGGGCCACGUGCGCGUCGCCGCGGCGCUGCGGGCGCUCAAGCGGCCCCGGGAGGCGCUCGCGGCCUACCACGCGGCGCUCCGCCUCCUGCCGGGCGACGGCGACCUCAACGUGGGCCUCUGCGACGCCGUCGCCGAGCACCACGCCCUCUGGAAGCAGGCGCAUUAGGCGUAGGUGUACAGGUCGUUGCCGGG